UAGAAAUAUACACAAAGCUACAGUGUGUUUCCCACUGCUUUGUAAAGCGAUUUGUACACAUUCAUUUCAUUUCUGAGUGACAUCUACAUCUACAGAAGCUGCAGAACAUGGAGCACGGCGGCUUCCAGAGCCAGCUGCUGUCCGUCCUGGAGGUCCUGUCCCAAGCGGCCGUGGCGGAGAUGGACCGGCGGGUGGAGGACGGCUGCGCGGUGCUGCGGCUGGAGGUGAGCCGUAGUCGGAGGGACAUCGAGCUGCUGAAGAGGAGGAGUGAGGGCAUGGAGGCCGAGCUGAGGAGGACCAGGGCGAGAGCCAGGAGGAAAGUGUUUUAUCCUCCAGCAGCUGACAGAUUCUCCCCUGGUGUUAAAGUAGUGUUGAACAGAGAGAGACAGAACACAGACUGGGAGGCUGAGGUUCAAAGUCCAAACCAGCAGAGCCUGGUGUUGCAGUGUGUAGACGUAGAGCCGGCUGAUAAACCCAUCCUGAUCAAAGAUGAGAGUGCAGAGGAGGACAACCUGAUCUCUGAAGUGGAGCAGCCUCCAUUUCUCCACGCCUCCGAACAUCCCCACGUUGACAGCUUUGCAGAGUGUUAUCACUCCUCUGAGACUCCAGCAGACCCCGGACUUCUAGUUUCUGUAAUAGACGGAUACGACGCUUUCCCAGAGCAGCAGCUGAGCACACACCAAACUGAGGUCGAGCUCGUAGUGAAGCAGGAGGAACAACAACCUGACGAGAACGAGGCUCCUCUUGAAUCAGCCCACAUAUUUGAGGCAGAGGAAGGAGACGGACAGCUGUGGUCGACCAAUAUGUGCAGAGACGAUGUUGGUCCGAGCUUCUCGUAUGCUGAGCAUCAGUUUGAGACGAAUCCCUCUGUGUUCCCGUCUGCAUUGGAAGACAUGGGGCCUCAAAUUCACUCUGUAGGGAAAUCACAUCCAGUUACAGUGAAUGCAGCACGAGUGAAAAGACGAGCAAGGACGUUUGGAUGUAAGAGAGCACAACAAGAUGAAGGACACUUAUCUCACAAUAACACCAUAGAUCAGUGUUUAAUUCCUCAGCAAUCGCAGCAUCAGUUCAGAGACUCGGCCCAGAACGAGGAUGUGACGCCUCCGAGCACAACGUCUUCUUUCCGCAGUAACUUCGGCCUGGCGAGGAGGAUCAGGACGCCCUGGAGGACGGGCAUCGGAGAGAAGAGGUACAGCUGCACGUUCUGCAACAAGAUCUUCAUGAGGUUCAGUCAGCUGAAGGAGCACCUGAGGAGCCACACGGGGGAGAAGCCCUUCAGCUGCGUGCAGUGCGGACGCAGCUUCACGAAGCAGUGCAACCUGAUCCGGCACGCCGUGGUGCACAGCGGGGAGAAACCCUUCCACUGCGCGCUGUGCGGGAAGAGCUUCACGCAGCGCUCCAGCCUCAAGUCGCAUCAGAAGACGGCACACUGAUGAUAAUAACACUAAUAAUAGAUUACAUUUGUAUAGCGCCUUUCAAGGGACCCAAGGCCGCUUUACAUGGUGAACAUAAUAACGUAAGAAAUGUAAAUCCUUUUUUAUUUUAACUAAUGCUGUUGAUAUAUCGGGAUUUUAAGGGUGUCCAUUAUCAUCUGGCCGGGGACAACAGCUGGAAAUUAGCCAUGUUGGCUAAAGCUGCUCCAUUUACUGUUCUUUGCGACAGUUGAUCAAUGGGGACUGUCCACGACACUAUAAACAAAUAAACUACAAUGAAAUAAGUAGGAGUGGAAGCAGGGGGACUGCGAUGGGUUAGGGGUCAAACACGGAGAUCACAGGGGGGUAUUUUAUAAAUCCUGUGUUCAGUUACUUCCAUGUUUCUUUAAACAUCUUGAACCUGGAUCUUGGGGAUUCGUUAGAUACAAAAAAGUUGGGUUAUUUGUUCUACAUUGCUUUGUUUAUAACUGUAAGGGAAAGUUCUGUGUAGCAGCAAUGCAUUGGGAGUCACCGACUCAGGAAAGAGACACGGCAAGAGCAGGAGCUUUGAUGUCAAACACUGAUGGUUUAUUUGGAGCUUCGGCCGGAGAAUUCACAUCACAAGUCACAGCAGCCACGAUCUGACUGCACGGGAGAGUUGCCACGUCAAUUCUGAAGAACUCUACCCCGGACCCAUGUAUUUAGCUAGUUCAGAGAGCAUCAUCAACAUGCUGCAUAACAAGAUAGAAUCAUAACACCUCUAUCAGCUGACGCCAACAGGCAGGAACAGGGAGACAGAACACUGAGAGCACAGCAGCCAAGGUUACGAGGUGCGUGUGCUCAGUCAGGACAGUUUGAACUGAUAAACUGGGUCAAAGUUAUGGGCCUUGUAAAAUAUUCCCCAACAAUAAACUGUUUUUUAUUCUUUGUCAUUUUGAUGCAAGAUACUAGUCUGGAAUCAUAAUGAUAAUCAAGCGAGUAGUUCUGUAUUCAAGAUUCAAAGGUUUAUCGUCAUAUACACAGCUACGGUAAUUAUGUAAUGUAUGAAAAACUUAGAUCGCAGGUUCCUCAACAGUGCGAUGAACAGGGACGAACUGUCCCUCAGUCAGGUGGUCUUUGUAUGGUCCCAAGUUUAACUAAAAAUCAUAACUGGGUUUAAUUUAAGUUAUUUCCUACCAAUCCAGGCACUAGCGUCCAUUUGUUGUUAUUGGACUCUUUAACUUCACAUGUAGGGGUGGUGGUGGCGAAGUCCAUAGGGAUUGGCUUGGCAACUGGAAGGUCACCAGUUCAAGUCCCGGAAAGACCAAGUGCUACCGAGGUGUCUCCACUGCUCCCCGGGCGCCGUACAUAAUGGCAGCCCACUGCUCCUAACACUAGGAUGGGUCAAAUGCAGAGAAACCAUUUUGUUACAUAGAACCUGUUAUGAACCCGUAAUGACAAUAAGUUGAAUCUUCAAUGGUGCGAUCUAUCACAAUGAACACUUAGUCUGUUUUUCUGUUUUUAAGUAUUCACUCGGUACCUCCUAACUUAAAUGUCUGCAAAAAAUGUCGGUCAAAGAUUGAUUUCGCUGCCUGAAACUGGAGGGAAGAUACAAAUGAACGUUAAUCACAGUUAAUGGUAAGAAAUAUUAUAUCUGAUUUGUAGAAAAUGCCUCAAAACCUCUGGUAUGGUCUAUUAAAUGUGAAUCUCCCUAUUUAGAAAGGCUCAGUUAAAUAAGCACUGAAGGAAUGCUCUUAUCAUGGUGGUCUUGUUAACUACAAUAUUAACACUGCUAAUAUUUUUGUAACAAAAGACAUCUUGUGUAUAAAAAUCUUUGGAAAAGCA